AUUACAAUAUUAGCUUCCGAUUUGCGCUAACUAAUCCAUAAUCAGAGUGACUCAACCUGUCUGAAUUGUUGAAGAGUACAUAUCAGACGAUCAAACAAUGUGGUUGGUACGUCUUCAUCUUUACAUCUCAAGUUUCGCCUAUCUAUCAGCUGUUGCCUACGUGGACGUGGGGAUGAGGACACCAAUAACCUACGGCAAUGAGAGUCUCUCCGUAGUGUGUGAGCCCCACGCUGCUUACAAAGGAAGCAUAGAAAGAAUUGAGAUGAUCCGAGUGUAUGUUGAAUGGGAUGGCGCCAAACUGGGGACCAUGCAGUCAAAGUUGGCCAGGAUCAUGAGAAAGAACGGGUCAGAUGUCUUACAGAAAGGACCGGCCAAAACCGACAGGUACAUCAUCACAGGAAAUAUGAGCACGGUUGACGCGGCCUACCUGAGAGUUCACGUGAGCGCCAGUAACGUCAUGUGCUCUGACAGCCGGCUCUUCCGGUGCGAGAUGCAGUUUAUAUUUAAGAACAAAACAAGGGCCGAUGAUGUCAGUGACAGGGCCACAUGUGUCCAAGGACCGUGUAACAAAUGUGAAGUUGGUCCUCAAAAUUUCGUAGAAAGCACAGAUAAACAAACAGACGAAAUGGGAAAAACAAUGAAAGACCCCCUGUUCCUGGCCAGUGUGGGACUAGCCGUGAUUGGUUUUCUUUGUCUCGUGGCCGGUCUCACUCUCAUUGUCGUAACUAAGAAGGAACAAAAGGUUAGAUCCAACGGAAACCCGAUUGCUGUUUGUAAUUCCCACGACAACGCAGCAUGCUAUGCAGAAUUAGAUGAUGUACAAGAUGUGAACAGGAAUAACAAUGAUUAUGUGGCAACGAUGCAAAGGAAACAAGAGGAAAAUAUGUACUCAGCACUUAAAAUAUGACUGUAAAAUUGACAUCACUGUGAGCUUCCGAUGUUCAAUUGGACCAUUUUUGAUUUGAUCGUACAUUAACUGUUAUGUUUCAUUCGAACGUUUAUUUUUGAACAAGUAUGUUUUGUAUGUUUGUCAACAGAUUGAAUAUAACUUUUAUAUAUAUUCUUAA